UUUUCACUCUUGUUUUUGGUGGCCACUCCCUGUGUCUAAAAUAUCUUGUUGGAGAGUGUAAACAUUUCUUAUGUCAUUGUAGGCAUGGUGUGAGUGGCUCUGCAGACAGUAUUACAUAUUUUACAUAGCUACUUUUUGCAUUAAAUAAAUUAUUUUUAAUUGUAUUUGCUAACCUCUUAUCUCACACCAUUGUUGUUGGGAUAAUCAGACAAAUUUUAUUUAUUUAACGUUCAUGAGAGAUAAAUAUACAUUUCCUGUGUGGCACUACAGAAGGCAAUCCUUCAGUUAAAAGACAAGUGGUCGUUGUUCAUUAAUCUGUAUUAAAUUUGACUAAUAAUAUAUGCCAUUUAGCCUUCACUUUUAUCCAAAGCGACUUAGUCACAAGUGCAUGCAGUAAUCAGGGUUAAGGUAGUUCAUCUAACAAAUCUUAAAACAUAACAUGCAAAUAUAUGGCAACUCCUUCAAGACAGUGGCAGACAGAGUAUUCAAAUAGACAGGAGGAAAUUGUAUUUGUUUAACUGAAUGGGUUGUAAAUGGUUUAUCAGCAAGUUUCUCACGUCCGCAAACAGAAGGGCUAUCUAUUACUGUUUGUGUCAGUUCCUUGUCGGUGUCAAAUGUUGUUUUUUAACCAAGAUAAACAUCUCUGCCAUUGUUCCAAAUGAAACAGAGCACCUACUCUCUCCCACAUAAUCCUUGCUGAGGUAUUUAAACCCCAGAGCAAGAGGGAGUGCUGUUCUUUUUUACUGAGAUGCCCAACUAGGCUGGGUGUUCAUGAUGUGGUUUCUCAUGAUCUUGCUGGCAAGUAUUACAUUGCAUACUCUCGUGUGCAUCUGUAGCAAUGUCUGUCCAAAGAAGUGUGUGUGUGAUAGUGCAAAGUCAGUGCAGUGUUUCAGGUUGCAGUCUUUUCCCACUGGAAUCACUAAAGAUGUGAGGAAACUAAACCUGGGAUACAACCACAUCAAGCAACUAAAGGGUAGAGACAUAUCUGGCCUGACAGAGCUGGAGGAAGUGAUAAUUUCAUCCUGUGGAGUGGAGGUGGUGGAGGCCAAUGCUCUCAGGGCUCAGGGGCUACUAAGAAGCCUGGAUCUACAGAAGAAUAAACUGCAUCAGAUCCCCCGUGGUCUCCCACCCAGCCUGGAGACCCUCAACGUGGGCCACAACAGGAUCACAGGCCUCCAGGAGUCUGUCUUUGAGGGGCUGAAGAAACUACGCCUGCUUGAUCUUCAGAACAACCAGAUCACCAACCUGCGUUCCAACACCCUCUCCACCCUGAAGAAGUUGGAGUGCCUUUACCUGGAUGGAAAUCAAAUUGAGACAGUUCAAGGUGCUCUGAGACUCCCCCAACUGAAUCUGUUGAGCUUGGGGAACAACAAGAUCCCCUGUUUUCCCUCAUCCUUUUUCACACCACUACAGUCCUUGACGACACUGCGUUUACCAGGGAACCUCCUAUCAAGAGUCCCACUCGAUCUCCCUCACGCCCUGUCCUACCUGAACUUGGACAGGAACCAAAUACGAGCACUGAGAAACCGCGAGAUGGGCCAACUCCGCAACCUCACGUCUCUGUCUGCAUCCUACAAUAGGUUGGUUUCUGUGGAUGGUGGCCUUCGCUUGCCCAACCUCACAGUGCUGGAACUGCCAGGAAACCAGCUGAGGGUGCUGCCCAGUAGACUGAGCCCCAAACUGGAAAAACUGGACUGCAGACAGAACUCCAUUCAGGAAGUCACCUUCCAGCACCUGUCUGGAAUGAAACAGCUGAAGCAUCUCUUCCUGGAGAAUAACACCAUCUGGAACUUUGAAGCUAAUGCUCUGAGGAACAGCGUCCACAUAACCAACCUGGCUCUGGAACAGAAUCUCCUCUCCUCUAUUCCAGACGGGCUUCCAGAGAGUCUGAUCCGCCUGGACUUGAAAGGGAACCGCAUCGAGGCCGUCCAGGAGCAGGAGCUGAGAUCCCUGAAGCGCCUGCAGGUGUUGAACUUGAGGAGAAACAAGCUGACCUCCCUCCCCCAGAUCACCCUGGAUCUGCUUCCACGGCUGAGGACCGUCUACCUAGAUGGGAACCCCUGGAACUGCAGCUGUGAGCUCCUGGGGGUCAAGAGGACCCUGCUGGCCAGGAGGGUGGAGAUCCCUAAAGAGCUGUGUAACGAGCAUGUGAGUGCGCCGGGGGACAGCUGGAGAGCGUACCUGAUGGCCCAGGACAGAUGUGAGGAGUACUUCAUGGAAACCGCCGCUGAGGACCAAGUGGAGCAGACAGACACUGAGGAGUAUUAUGACUAUGAUUCGUAGAUGGAGAAAAUAAAUGUAGCAGGGGAAUUUCAUGUUUAGCUGAACAUACUGGGUAUUUUGAAUGUUUUAACAUUUUACUGUAGUUUGGCAAUUAAUACUAAGGAAGUUACCUUUAGCUGUGUAGUCAAUAGAAAAACAUUAAACUACUGUAUUAACAAAUAGCUAUUGCAAUAUACAUUGGUAAAUAGGUAUAUGUAGAAUAUACCUUAAAUACCUAAUGUAUAAUAACAUAAUAAUAAAUAAACAAGUUUCA